CCGGCCCCGGCCGGCAUGAUGUGCCUGGAGUGCGCCUCGGCGGCGGCGGGCGGCGCGGAGGAGGAGGAGGCGGACGCGGAGCGGCGGCGCCGGCGCCGGGGGGCGCAGCGAGGGGCUGGAGGCGGCGGCUGCUGCGGGGCGCGGGGAGUGGGCGCCGCGGGAGCCGCGGCCGCGGACGACGAGGUGCAGACGCUGUCGGGCAGCGUGAGGCGGGCGCCGUCCGGACCCCCCGGCACCCCCGGCACCCCCGGCUGCGCGGCCGCUGCCAAGGGCCCCGGAGCUCAGCAGCCCAAGCCGGCCAGCUUGGGCCGCGGACGGGGGGCCGCUGCCGCCAUCCUCAGCUUGGGCAACGUGCUCAACUACCUGGACAGGUACACCGUAGCAGGCGUCCUUCUGGACAUCCAGCAGCAGUUUGGGGUCAAGGACCGAGGCGCCGGCUUGCUGCAGUCAGUGUUCAUCUGCAGUUUCAUGGUGGCCGCCCCCAUCUUCGGCUAUCUGGGUGACCGCUUCAACAGGAAAGUGAUCCUCAGCUGCGGCGUCUUCUUCUGGUCGGCGGUCACCUUCUCCAGCUCCUUCAUCCCCCGGCAGCACUUCUGGUUGCUGGUUCUGUCGCGGGGGCUGGUGGGCAUCGGCGAGGCCAGCUACUCCACCAUCGCGCCCACCAUCAUCGGCGACCUCUUCACCAAGAACACGCGCACGCUCAUGCUGUCCGUCUUCUACUUUGCCAUCCCGCUGGGCAGCGGCCUGGGCUACAUCACGGGCUCCAGCGUGAAGCAGGCGGCUGGAGACUGGCGCUGGGCCUUGCGGGUGUCCCCCAUCGUGGGCAUGAUCACAGGAACACUCAUCCUGAUCCUGGUCCCGGCCACCAAGAGAGGCCACGCUGACCAGUUCGGCGGGCAGCUCAAGGUGCGGACCUCGUGGCUCCGAGACAUGAAGGCCCUGAUCCGCAACCGCAGCUACGUCUUCUCCUCCCUGGCCACGUCGGCCGUGUCCUUCGCCACAGGGGCCCUGGGCAUGUGGAUCCCGCUGUACUUGCACCGAGCUCAGGUCGUGCAGAAGACGGCAGACACGUGCAGCAGCCCGCCGUGCGGGGCCAAGGACAGCCUCAUCUUCGGGGCCAUCACCUGCUUCACUGGCUUCCUGGGUGUCGUCACGGGGGCGGGAGCCACACGAUGGUGCCGCCUGCGGACCCAGCGGGCCGACCCCCUGGUGUGUGCCGUGGGCAUGCUGGGCUCGGCCAUCUUCGUCUGCCUCAUCUUCGUGGCUGCCAAGAGCAGCAUCGUGGGUGCCUACGUCUGCAUCUUUGUUGGGGAGACGCUGCUGUUCUCUAACUGGGCCAUCACCGCGGACAUCCUCAUGUACGUGGUCAUCCCCACGAGACGGGCCACGGCUGUGGCCCUGCAGAGCUUCACGUCGCACCUGCUGGGGGACGCCGGGAGCCCCUACCUCAUCGGCUUUAUCUCCGACCUGAUCCGCCAGAGCACCAAGGACUCCCCGCUCUGGGAGUUCCUGAGCCUGGGCUACGCCCUCAUGCUCUGCCCCUUCGUGGUGGUCCUGGGCGGCAUGUUCUUCCUGGCCACGGCCCUCUUCUUCCUGGGCGACCGCGCCAAGGCCGAGCAGCAGGUGAACCAGCUGGUGAUGCCACCCGCACCCGUCAAAGUCUGAGGCCGUGCCCCCAGGAUGGCGAAGAGACCGUGCCGUCGCCCUACCUGGGAGGCGUCCCAGGGCAUCCCGGCCCUGCCGGGCUGACGCGAAGCUUUCUAUGUGACCCGAGGCUGGGCACCCACCCUCUCUGGUGCGGGCCUGCCGAGUGGCCGUGGCACCAAGAGGCCGCGUCCUCAACUGACGUGGAAGGCUGCGUGUGGGGGAGCCGCACGGACGGACAGACUCCCAGCCGCUGGGGCCCAGGGAGGAUGCAGCCCCCAGCGCGUGUGUGGGGAGAGCCUGGGGCGUCACCACCUUACAUGGUCCUGGGCGGCUGGACUUUCCCACGUGGCAGCUUUGGAGACCCUGGACUGCACAGAGAAGGGGCGGCCCAGGCCUCAGGGCGGAGCUUCAGGCUCUGACCUCGGGGGUGCUGCUGGGCACUGGGCACGACCCUCCGGUGGACACUGGUCCCUGCUGCCGGGGCUGGCGCUCGGCCUGGCGGUCUCCUAGGUGAGGGUCACCCAGGCGGGGACCCGACCGCACACCCUGUGCCCACGGUGCCCAGGGCACCUCCACUCCCACCGCCCCCCCCCACCACGUGCACUUGCACACCCCUGCCCCCGCUCCACACACGCUCCCCGCACACUGGCUGGAAUCAAGGUGGCGGGUAGGAGACCCCAAGAGCCAGCCUAGGCGACGCUUUGCCCCGUAGUUCCCGCCGGCGUGGCUUCAGUGUGUGCAAGCUAGCAGGCACCUGCUCCUCACCCAGCUCUGGGGUACCUGCGAGGGGGUGGGACCCCCAAAGACCAGCCUGGCCGCCUCCCACCCCAGCCUCAACCGGGGCCCCAGCGACGUUUUCUUGUUGUACAAGAACCAGGUCCAAGUUCGCCUCCUCUUCCUUCCGGAAGCCAAACUCCUCCUUUAUUUUUUAGAGCUGCUGAUUGUGAAUCUCAGAGUCUUAAGAGAAAAACCAAAUAUAUUCCUCUUGUAAAUGAAGGAAUAAACCUAUUUAAAUCAUG